AUGUCCGAAACCACCACUCAAGGAUCUUCGGUAUCGGCGUUUGUUUCAACGCUGGUGGUGAACGUGGUCAUCUUUUCUAUUUUUGUUUCACUGUUUAUUGUGCUCAAGCCUAAACAGUCAAGAAUUUAUCAACCUCGUCAUGUUGUGGAUACAGUGCCGGGGGAACUACAGGUCGAGGAGCAACCCUCAGGAGUAUUUGGCUGGGUUUCGUUCUUGUGGAAACAGCCAACCAGCUUCUAUGUUGAGAAAUGUGGCCCUGAUGGGUUCUUCUUCUUGAGAUACCUCCGUGUGUUUAUCAUCGUUUUUACCCUUACCGGCCUCUUGAUUUGGCCAAUUUUAUUCCCAAUUAAUGCCACUGGAGGAGGUGGCCAGGAAGGACUAGAUAUUCUUUCCUAUUCGAAUAAUACCUAUAAAUGGAGAGUGUUUGCUCACGUAUUCCUCUCGUGGGUGUUGUUCGGGUUCUGUAUAUACACCAUUUACAAAGAAUUGGUGUACUAUGUUUCAUUUAGACAUGCCUUGCAGGUAAGUCCGAGAUAUGAUUCGUUGCUGUCAUCGAGAACUCUGCUCCUGGAUAACGUCCCUGAGAGUCUGUUGUCCGAGGGAGAGCUAAGAACAGUAUUUCCUGCCGCCAACCAUGUUUGGUACGCUAGAGACCAUAAGGAGCUCGAGGAUGUUGUCAAGGAACGUACCAAACUUGCUGGAACCUACGAAAGCACCCUGGUGAAAUCGAUCAAAAAAGCGGUUAAGGACAGAAAGAAGCUCACAAAGAAGGGAGCUGCUUUACCAGAACCAGCAGAUCAGUUCGAAACCUACUACAAAGAGGGAAAACUUCCAACCCACAGUCUGAAAUUUUUGAUCGGUAAGAAAGUGUCAACCUUGGAUUAUGCCCCAAAGAGACUAUCUGAGUUAAAUGAUGAGCUUGCAACUGCUCAAAACGACUGGCAAGAUGCAAAGAUGGUCGGUUCAGUCUUUAUUGAAUUUCCUACUCAGCUGGAAUUGCAGCGUGCUUACCAAGCUGUUCCGUAUAACAAGGAAUUGAAGUUGUCCCGCAGAGUUACAGGUGUAGCUCCAGAUGAUAUAAUCUGGGAGAACUUGCAAGUCGGUUUUGUUGCUCGUAACUCUAAGGCUAUACUUGCAAAGACUGUGCUGUCAUUGACCCUCAUCUUUUGGGCCAUUCCUGUUGCUGUAGUUGGUGCUAUAUCAAACAUCAAUUAUCUUACUACAAAGUUGCCUUGGCUUGACUUCAUCAACAACAUGCCAGACGUAUUAAUGGGUAUUAUCACUGGUUUGCUUCCAACUGUGGCCUUGGCCGUCUUAAUGUCAUUAUUACCCCCUUUCAUCAAGAAGAUGGGUAAAAUUUCUGGUAUUUUGACUGUUCAAGGGGUGGAGAUGUGGUGUCAGUCUUGGUAUUUUGCCUUCCAAGUUAUUCAAGUGUUUUUGGUGACGACCCUUGCAUCCUCUGCUUCCUCUGUUGUAGAGUCUAUAAUCGAUGACCCAUCUAGUGCCAUGACUCUUUUAGGAGAGAAUCUUCCCAAGUCUUCAAAUUUUUACAUCGCCUAUGCCCUUUUACAAGGACUGACCAUAUCAAGUGGUGUCUUGGCUCAGGUUGUUGGCCUUAUUUUGUACCAUGUAUUAGGUAAGGCACUUGACGGAACUCCACGUAAGAAGUGGAAUCGAUACAAUACCUUGGGACAACCGGGAUGGGGAACAAUUUACCCAAUCUUCCAGCUUUUAUUGGUUAUUGUGCUUUGUUAUGCAAUUGUCUCUCCACUCAUUAUAAUUUUUAUUGUGAUUGGAUUGACGCUAAUUUACAUUGCUUACAUGUACAACCUAACGUUCGUCAUGGAACACAGCGCAGAUGCCCGUGGAAGGUACUAUCCUAAGGCUCUUUUCCAGACGUUUGUUGGCAUAUAUCUGGGUGAGUUCGUUUUGAUUGCCCUAUUUGUGAUGCCCGAGAACUGGGCAUGUGUUGUGCUAGAAGCUGUGAUGGUGGCAGUCACUGUGGCCGCUCACUUAUACAUGAGAUGGAAGUUUGAGCCGUUGUUUGAUGCUGUUCCCCUGUCAGCGAUUCAUAUCGCCCAAGGAGACAGUGGUUUCCACUAUCCUAUGAAAGAUCAAGGGUUAUCAGAAAUUUCCCAGACCGGCAAGGAGUUUUUCACCGAGACCCCAGUUACUGGUCCUGUUGAAACCGAAAAGAUUUCCAAGUCUAACAAGGACAUCAAGCAAGAUAUUGAGAGUCCGGCACGCACAGGUACCGGAUCUGGAUCACUGUCCUCCAUUUUAUCUCCGGAGAAGAAUGAAAGCAUCCAGCCAGAUACCCAAUCUCAUGUUGGAUUUUUGAAUAGAGAUGACGAAGAUCAAUCUGGUAAAGUAAAUGCCAAAACGCUGCAGCGAUUCUUCAAGCCACGCGUCUACUCAUCUUUCGAGGCCCUCCGCAAGAUCAUCCCUGUCAGAUGGAACAAGCGAGUCCGUUACGAUCCACAAACCGUCGAGUUUGGAUACACAUCACCAUUGGUACGUGACGCUCCGCCGCAGAUCUGGAUCCCACGAGACUCCUUCGGACUUUCUCGUACUGCAGUCUCGACCGCAAGAGAACAUGGAGUCACAGUUUCUGACCAGAAUGCUGAGAUCCAGGAUGAUGGAACAUUAUUGUACACCGGAUUGCCUCCUGAUUACGAAGAAGCCGUGAAAGAAUAA